AUGCAAUCCGCCUUCACAAAAGUUUUUAGGUAAAUAAUUGUUUUAUUUUGUCCAUUCGGGUAUUUGUUUUGUUUCCGUUUAAAAUUGCUGUUCCCUUAAACGAAAGUGCUUAAAAACGAAGCCAUAAGCCUAGUGAAUGAUGCAAUCCCCGCAUGAAGUCCACAUAUAUCAGAAUUACAUCAUAUCUGUGUUAUCACAUGGCUUUUGAGGCAUUUGUCAUCCUUUUUUCGGGGGUUUUGUUUUACUCGUGAAGGGGCGGAUCGAAGAAACAUUUUUCUCUCCUAGGCGGUUCGAUUAGAGUUCUUUAUGAGUUCAAAAAAUGACGUUUGGAUUGUUUUGAAGGUUGUUUCUGGCCGAGAGCCAUCCUUUUACUCUCACAGCUGUUGAGAAACAUUCCCAUGCUUGCCUUUUUUGUUAUCCCGCCGGCUUUAUUAGUCAUUUAAUGGUUGUUCGUGUCCUAUUAAUGCUUGAUUCCUGUCUAAAAACUUAUUGUUUUAGUCGAAGUAUGUCGAUUGCAAAGGAAUUUGAUUAUCUGGUCAUUGGUGGAGGUUCUGGAGGUAUUGCCUCCGCCAGAAGAGCUAGGGAGUUUAAUGUCUCGGUCGGAUUAAUUGAGUUCACCCGUCUCGGAGGAACCUGUGUCAAUGUGGGAUGUGUCCCCAAAAAGGUCAUGUACAAUACCGCCGUUCAUGCCGAGUAUAUCAGAGAUCACGCUGAUUACGGAUUUGAUGUUACUGUCAACAAGUUUGAUUGGAGGUACCCUUUCCUUUAUUUUUUUACUGUGUCGGUUUUUUGCUUUUAGUAAAAUCAAGCAAUCCCGCGAUGCUUACAUCAGAAGACUUAAUGGAAUCUACGAGACUAACCUUAAAAACGUGAGUUUUGAUAUCACUUUUAUAGCUUAUGUUUUAGUCUGGUGUUGAAUUGAUUCGCGGACGUGCCAAGUUUGCCGAAGACGGGACUGUAGAAGUAGAUGGAGUAAAGUACAAGGGGAAACACACCUUAAUUGCUGUGGGAGGGCGUCCAACUAUUCCUAACAUCCCUGGAGCCGAAUUGGGAACUGACAGUGAUGGGUUCUUCGAGUUUGAGGAUCUGCCAAAGUGUGCAUUAUUUUCCAGUUUAUAAUGACCCUAUUUUUAAUUUCUUUAAUUUUAUUCGUGUUGAUUUCAAUUUUUUUCAGGAAGACCGUUGUUGUAGGCGCGGGGUAUAUUGCCGUUGAAAUUGCUGGUGUGUUAGCUGCUCUGGGCUCCGACACUCAUCUUUUGAUCCGUUAUGACAAUGUCCUAAGGACGUUCGACCAAUCUUUGAGUGAAACGCUGACUGAGACAAUCGAAAAAGGCCCUUUGAAAUUGCACAAGAGGACUCAUGUACGUUUUUAAAGUGUAUAUAGUCUGUUCCUUAGGUUGAAAAGGUCGAAAAGGCUGAAGAUGGGACACUGAUUGUCCACACCACCACUGGGAAGAUUGACGGUGUUACCAAACUGAUCUGGUCGAUUGGAAGGGAGCCUGUGACAAAGGACCUUGGCCUCGAAAAGGCUGGAAUUGCUACAGAUGAGGCUGGUCAUAUCAAGGUUGACGAAUACCAGAAUACCACCAAGGCCGGCGUUUAUGCCUUGGGGGAUGUCUGUGGAAAGUUCCUGCUUACUCCAGGUAAGUGUCCAACUCGGGUUAUGUAGGGGUUGGGUUGGUGCCCUACAGGUUUUAAUUUGAAGUUAUUCCCACACUCUUGAUUUCAAACACUUUCUCACAAUACUAUUUUGUAGUUGAUUAAAAGAGUUAAAGUUAAGUACAGGGUGCGCCAAAAAUAUUGGGACAAAAAUCAAUUCCGUGUAGCUUUUUUCGGCUGGCCUUGGAAUCAAAACUUUUGGCCGUUUUAGCAAGGGCAACAGUCUUGCUAUACGGCAACGGUAAUGCCAGGGUUGGGACUUAUUGCAAACUUGAAGAAAUAUUCAAAAGUUUUUGGGGGACCAAAAUUUUCUUUUCAAGUGGAUGACCGGGAAAUCAAUUUGGCCAUUAUUUCCGCUAAGGGAAAGUAAGAUCCUUCAAAUUUAUUGUGUAUAAAGCACAUGGUAUUCACUUCGUAACAACGUAUGUAAUCAUGGUUGACUACCGAUAUGGCGGCGCUGGUCGAAAAAACAAAAAAAAUCCCGAAAGUUCGGAUUUUUAUGUUUUUAACGAUCUCAAUACCACAGUAUCGCCCGUGUUGCUCUAAAAUUUUGUGGUUAUAGAGUGUGAACAUAGGUAAUUGUCAUACCGUAAAAUAAAAUCUACACCUACAAGGGGACAGUUUCUGUAUGGAAAAAACUUUAUGGUGCGGAUUGGAGGCACGGUCCUUCGAAGCUUGAUAUAUUUUGGCAGUUUACUACAAGUUGAAAAGUACUUGAGCGUAAAAAUCGACGUAACGCUAUACUGGGGAUACAUGCUGACACAACUGAAUUACUUUUAGCGAUCUUCAGUCCAAGCUCACUUGACGAGCAACCUUAGAGUAAAUUCUACCGCUAUAGUCACUAUUUCAUCCCCCAGAGGCAGAAGAUAAAAAAAUAAUUUUUCAAAGACGACUAGUCAGACUCUCGUUGUCCUUAUAAAAGUAUCUCUGAUGCCUAAUACGCUGGGAACCUUACAUGGAAACUUCUACAUAAAAAUCUUUGAUCUUACGGAAGUUUUCUGGAAAACGGCGCGUUUUUAGGCCGACUUUGACGGGCUGUAAAAGAUUUAAUAGUCAUUAUAAGUAAAAAUCAUUUUUAGUGUAUAAAAAGCGACCGCUACUCUGUCAUAUAAAGUGAAUUUCUGCCAUAGCAUGCAACGGUAAAACUAGUGUUUCCAAUUUUUAUCCAUUUUGGGGUCCGUGUCUCAGGGGCCUUAGUUGUGAGCACUUAUAAUGGCAGAACAGGUGUCGUAUACGACUACUCUGUCUGAAACUUUGAAGAUAGAUUCUUGGGAGCAUUGCACGUUUGCACAAGCGACCACUUUGCUCUUGUACCAUUACAGCCCGCGGGGCAAGUAAAAAUAUGAGUCCCAAUAUUUUUGGCGCACCCUGUAAUAAACGCAUAAAAAAAUUCCAGUGGCCAUUGCUGCGGGCCGUCGACUUUCCCAUCGUCUUUUCCAUGGGGAAACCGAGAAUCGUUUGUCCUACGAGAAUAUCCCGACCGUGGUUUUCUCCCAUCCCCCUAUUGGAACCAUUGGGCUCACAGAAAAGGACGCCAUUGAGCGUUAUGGCAAGGACAACUUGACCAUCUACCGCUCCAAGUUCAACCCGAUGUACUACGCUGUCUGUCAACACAAGGAACCAACUCUUUUCAAGCUGAUUUGUGCUGGAGCUGACGAGAAAGUGGUCGGAGUUCAUAUCCUUGGACAAGGUGCUGAUGAAAUCCUCCAAGGAUUUGGCGUUGCUGUCAAAAUGGGAGCCACCAAGAAACAAUUCGAUGAAUGCGUUGCCAUUCAUCCAACCAGUGCCGAGGAGCUGGUCACUCUCCGAGGAGGAGUCAAACCGCAGUAA